AUGGGAUAUGGAGAUUUGUUACCCGGACAUCCCUGCAUUGCCAAGAUGGAUGUCAUGGAUUUCAUGCGUUGCGGAGGCACUGCUUCCUCAGACAUAUUCGAGAUGGCUGCGUGGGUGAAACAGGUUGCUCCCUGGUGUUAUAUCGAGGAUACGAAUCCCCCAGCUUGGGAAUACUGCGAUGUGAGCUUCUGCGAGCUUCGAAUUGAAAUCGGAGGCAAGGGGCAUGUGUAUCCUGAAUGCCGACUGUCAGAGAAGGGAAUCGAAUACGUGGGAGGCAAGAACGAGACCGAGAAUGGAAAAUCUUGCCAACGAUGGGACGUAGAUACCAGACGACUUCAAGAAUUGACUUACCCAUAUUCAUUUUCAUUCUACGACUUCACCAAGUCCAUAUCUCCAGAGAAUCACUGCCGAAACACUGGGCAAUUGGACCGGCCGUGGUGUAUGGUAUCUGAUCUCAAUACAGUGUGGGAGUACUGUGACAUUCCCGUUUGCGAAAAUCUAGAUCCGCUGGAAUGCAAGUUGAGUCCAUCUGGAAUCGAAUAUGUGGGGAAGCUGAACGUGACGAUAUCUGGGUAUCCCUGCAAACCUUGGUUGGAAGUGUGUGCAAAAAAGCCCUCUGCAUGCGAAUGGCUAGGAUCGAGAUUUCCAGACGAACUUGAUGGGAAACACCGGUUUUGUCGAAAUAAGGCUACAUUAUACCACGGCCCAUGGUGUUUCACCUACGCUGACGACGGAAUUGAAUGGGAGUAUUGCGAAGUUCCCUUCUGCCCACCUACUGAUCAGAAACGAUGCGACAUUCGAGUGGGUGGACGUUCCGUCAGAAUCAUAACUUACCGCACCUUACGUUUCUCAGCCCCAUUUGAGUGCAAAGUUGACGAGAAAGGAGUGAAAUACAUUGGGACGAAAAACGUGACCAGGAAGGGAUUCAAAUGCCAGCCGUGGUUGAGCAAUUCCCCGAACAACCAACUCCUCAUCAUCGACUACGAACCAUCGUACACUUACGACGAAAGAAGUAAGUGA